AUGGCAGGGUCUGUAUACCGCCAUGACAAAGACAAAGAGGAUGGCAGUCACUCCAGUGGCAAGGACAAAGAGGAGGCCGGUUCAAGCGAUCGGCUCCGAUAUGAUGAUAGGAAGUACGUCACUGAAGAACAAGUCAGGAGCGUGCGGUACCAGCGGCCAUUCUCAGACCAUCUCCUUAACAAAUACGAGCGUCAGUAUGACCGACGUCGGCAAGACGACAGGGAUGACCAAAGCGACCUCGACAGCGACGACGCUGCUGAUGAGGAGGAUGAGGACGACGAGGGUCUUGCUGGUGGCCGCGACAGCAGCGACGAGGAGCUCGCUGGUAGCAGCGCCGACGAGGGCUCCGACAAUGAGGGCAGCGAUGGCCCGUAG